UUUGUUUUUAGAGUUUUUUUAAUGUAAUAAACAACAUUCAUAUAAUUAUGCUUGUGAUAUAAUAUAAAUGGCUUGAACAAUGAGUAACAAAAAACCUCCAUCUGGUACCUCUAGUCAGUUGAUCAAACUUACUAGAGAAAUUGAUAGAAUCAAAUUCAAGGUUGAUGAUAUUUGUUCAAAUGAAUUACCAAAUAUCGGAGUUGCAUCUUCUGAUAGACUCGCUGUUUUAAAUGUGGUGAAGGAACUGCAAAAUGAUGUUGGUUUGAUCAUUAGAAAGCUAAAAACACUUACAGCUACAGAUGAGCGAAUGGUUACAUCAAUAUUUGAAAAGCAGAAAUCUCAAGAAUCUCAAAGGAUUUUAAAUCUGCAAAGUAAGCUAAAUAGUAUUAUUGACCAACUUGAGCCAGAUAAAGUCGAGGAAGAUUAUUUCAGGAGUUUGAGUCCUCAACAAAAGAUUAAAGGCAAUAGAAAAAUGAAACAGGAAAUUUUAACUGAAGAUGAAGAUGGCAGUGAUUUAUCUGAAAGUAUUUCAAAAGGGGAUAAGCAUACUAGUUUAAGUGAAGGUGAAGUAAAUUUGUUUAGUGAAGGUGACCAAGAUGAGGAGGAAAAUAAUGGCGAGAAUGAUGAUGAUGAGCAAGAGAAAAAUGGGGAAGACUAUGAUGAUAAUGAUGACGAUGACGAUGAUGAUAAUGAUGACGAUGAUGAUGAUGAUGAUGAAGAAGAAGAAGAGGACAGUGAAGUUAAAAAGAAAAACAUAAGAAACAAAGAUAAUUAUAUUUAUUGUGUUGAAGCACUAAGCGACUUUAAAGCAGAACAAGAAGGAGAUCUUACAUUUUUAAAAGGGGAGAUCAUCUACAUUACUAAAGCAAAUGAAGAUGGAUGGUGGGAUGGAGUAAACAAGAAAGGUGACAAUGGCUUAGUUCCAAGUACACUUGUUAAGGUUGUGGAAGAUAAUACUAAACGUAAAUUAAAUGAACUUAGUAGCUCUACAAAAAAGAAAAGUGGAAAAGAAUUAUGGGACAGUACUUUGAGGAAAAGCUCUCCACCAGCUAAAAUUGGUGUUACAGAUGUGUUAAAAGCAAUGAAAGCAGUGCCUUCUGGUUUUCGCAAUUCAACAUUAGGCAAACUCUAUAAACUUGAAGUUAACAGGGCCUCAUCAUGGGUACAUCCAAAGGCAAGCAGCUCUAAUGUACAGUUUGACUAUCUUUUUUGGGACAACAUCAAUGAGCAGUUACGUUGUCAAUCUGUUAGCAUAUGCAGAAUAAUUUCUUUAAUUUCGGCUCGUUCAAUUCCAAUACCAGGUGUUGGUAUAAGCAUUUUAAGCAGACAUAUUUACAUAACACUAUGGGACAAUUCCAAGAUUUUAAGCAACAUUCAUGUUGUUCGAGCUGUUCCAACCAAUAUUGAAGAAAACUGGGCUUUUACUCCAAAGGUUACAAAAAUGAUUCCAAGUUUAUAUGAUGGAGAAGUUAUAGUGCGUGCAAAUAUUCAAAAUAAAGAUGUUUGUGUUUUAUUUGAAUUAAACUACACUUAUGUCAGACUGUCAACUGGUGAAGUAAGUGAUAUCUGUUGUGGUUGGGCAUCUCUACCCCUUUUUGAUGAAGUUGGAGCGCCUGUUGAAAAUAAGAGUUUUGAGUUGACACUAAAAGGUGGAACACCAUUUGAAAAAGGUGUGGUUCUUGACAUGACACUGUCUUUAAACUCCAAUCAAUCAUUUCUACAAAAUCUAAUUCAUUUCAAUCGCCAACCGAGAAUUAUUGUCAAAACUACAAAUUGUAGUAAAUUAGACAAAGAAACAUUCGAUUUAUUACCAGAUACAUUAGUCACUUGUCAAAAGUACUCUCGAUUUAUUGGUUUGUAUCGUCAUCAUGCAGCUUUAUUGUGUUGUAAAGAAGAGACUAUUUCAUCAGAACCGAUUUGCGAUCCGAUUUUGUCGCAUUUUCCACGCGCUCUAGACUUUGCCGAUAUGAUGGAUGCUCUUAACAUGACAUGGAAUGAAAAAUCGCGAAUAUCUCUCAAAAGAGCUCAACGAAGAGAUGUAAAUUAUCUCCACAGUUUAUUUGAACAGUGUUUUUAUGAGUCUAUUUAUGGGCUUUUUCAAGUCUCUAAUCUUCCAUCUAUGGAAUGGGCCAAUGAAAAUGUUGAAAGAGCCCGGUAUGGUUUUAUUAUGGAUUUUCUUCAACGAAAAAAUGCACUUGGUAAUCUUCUUAGUUCUGACAUUGCUUUUAAACCGCUUAACGUCAACAAGCUAAAGUUUGACGUUGUAUCAAAACAUACAGCAAAGCGACCGCCAAUUCUUUCCUCGGACAUUACAAGUUUGUGAUUUUUUGUGUAUUAGCACGCUAUUGUUUAUAAUUUAUUUAACAUUUUAUUGUGUUUAUAUAUUGAAAAAUUAAAGUUAUUUAUUGUGUAUACUUUUCUAUACUGUGUAAUAUAUACAAAUGAAAUAAAUUAUAGUUCAUAGUUUUUA